UAGAAGAUGGGAGAAGAAGAAAGAAAUGAGAAGCAAAAAGCUAAAAGCCAUAUGUGUAAGCAUAAUUAAAUGGUGAAUAGAGGGAAAAGAGUACAUCAUCUUGUACAGGGUAUAAAUUAAUUAAAGAGUAGAAUUAACAUUCAGAAGGUCAGUGGGAAUUCGUUUGAGAGAGCAGAGCUGGGAGCACGUAGGGUGAAGCCCUGGGGCUGCACAGGGGGUAAGGGAAACAUCAUUAGAUUUCUAUGCGUCAAUUAUCCUCAUCCUGUGCUCUGUGAAAACCCUAAUGUGGAAGUGAACGAGCGUCUAACUCUCGCCCUCUCAGAGGGGAAAAUUAGCCGGUGUGUUAGAUCCAUCAGGGAUGAGCAGGCCCAGUUGGGAUGGGGAGGAAUACAGAACAGCAGGCAGAAGGCAAGGAGUAAAUGUCCUCCCUUGGAAGUUCAUCCCCAAUCACAUCCGGUUUAAACGGCAGGGAAAUAUUCGUAGUCUGGAGGACAAUGAAAUUUUUCUUCUGAUCAUGACCUGAUAACUAGAUUUUUUUCCUCCCCUCAAAACAAGUACAAAAUUUCACAAGAGUGAAAUAUUUGUUCUCUCACAUUGGGAACCAACAGAGAGAAGGGAUCAGCACAUGUGCAGGAGGAACCUACCGCCGUCCAGGAAAGAACCACAGAGAAGGACUAGAGGGCGCACCCCUGGGGCUCUCGUGGUCAGGAGCAGGGGCUCUCCUCACCCGCUGGGGCAAGGAAAAUAAAAUCUGAUAAAUAAGGGAGCCCCAGAUGGUGGCCUCUGAAGGGUUUUACAGAGCAUUGAGGAACGAUGCUGACCCCGUAAGCCCUCAGUUCCACGGUAGCACUCAUGGACAUAGUCCUCCGCUCUCCCACCUCAGCCCUGGCUGAGUUCAUAUCCAGACCUAUCCACUGCCACGCCCUGGGACUGUUACCUAAUCCCAUUAGGAGACCCACCCAGUGACCUCUUUUGCUCUAUCCCUGUCUCCUUUUUAGGAAGUGGCCACAGCAGAUGGUGUCGACCUGGCUUCUCUGGGAUCCUGCUUUUAACUCACUGGCAGGUGUCCCUGAGCAGAGCCCCAAGGCUGGCAGAGGGCCAGGUCACUCUGGGGGCAGCCGUCUUGCUGCUUGGACUCUGGGCAGUACUGGCUCCAGUCCAGUGCUCUCAAGGCCGUCCCUCGUGGCGCUACCUCUCUUCGGAGUUGGUGAUACCCAGGAAGGAGUUGCACCGAGGCAAGGGUGUUCAGACGCCAGGCUGGCUCUCCUACAGCCUGCGUUUUGGGGGCCAGAGGCACGUUAUCCACAUGCGGCGCAAGAAAUUAUUUUGGCCCGGACACCUGCUGCUGAUGACUCUGGAUGACCAAGGAGCCUUGCAGAUGGACUACCCCUUCGUCCCUUCAGAUUGUCACUACCUCGGCCACCUGGAGGAGAUUCCUUUUUCCAUGGUCACCGUGGACACGUGCUAUGGGGGUCUUGAAGGUAUUAUGAAGUUGGAUGACCUUGCGUAUGAAAUCAAACCCCUCAAGGAUUCGGAAAGGUUUGAACAUGUGGUUUCUCAGAUAGUGGCAGAUGCCAGUGCAACAGGACCUGCAUAUGGACCGGGACACAAGGAGGAUAGACACCCACUGUUCCCUGAAGCAGAUGUCAGUGUAGCCCCCAGGAGUGGUGCUAGUGUGUUUGCAGCACAUAAGGGAAUUAUGAAAGGAUUUGUUCAAUAUUCUAAUUCAAUGUAUCGUGUAUACAACAGUGUGUCUAAGUGUGUGGAAACCCUGGUACAUAUGUGUAGUAUAGUGGACUCCUUUCAACAAGGUCUUGCUGUCAGGUUCUAUCUAGUCGCAGUGGCACUAUUUAAUGAAAGAGAUCCAACUGUCAUGAAUGACUGUAGAGCACCAGGUGGUGCAUAUGCUCGUUAUCACGCAAAGAAUUUCAGACGAGUCAUAGAAAGCGCUUCAUCCUUGAUGGUAAUCCGUGAUGGACCACGGCCAGGCCAGUUUGAGCCAGAGACCUAUCCCGUGUGUAACACCAGUCGUAGCCUGCUCUUCGUUGGUUAUCUAGGCAGACAUUACUUAAUAUUAGCUAUUGUGUCAACCCAACUCAUUGGGAGAAGUUUUGGUCUGUGGUAUGACGGUGAUAACUGCUAUUGCAUGCGAAGGACCACCUGCCUUAUGGCAAAAUACCCAGGCUUGACAGAUGCCUUCAGUGACUGCUCCAUCGGGCACUGGUGGAACAUAGUAGCGAUAUGGGGCAGUUGUAUAUUUAACACGACGGUGAGCUAUUUUAAUGAAAGCCUGAUAAAGACGCGUUGUGGAAACUACAUAGUAGAGGAUUGGGAGCAGUGUGACUGUGGCCCCUUCAAGCAGUGUUAUAGCAACAAAUGCUGCGAGUAUGACUGUAUGUUGGCGGAAGGGGCUACUUGUAAUGAAGGACUAUGCUGUACAGACUGUAUCUACUCUGAACCUGGGACACUUGGCAGACCAAUCCAAAAUACAUGUGAUCUUCCAGAGUACUGUUUUGGAACAACCAGUCAAUGCCCGGAAGACUUUUAUAUGCAGGAUGGAACGCCCUGUACCGAAGAAGGCUACUGCUAUCAUGGAAACUGCACUGACCGCACCAUGCACUGCAGAGAAAUCUUUGGAAGACACGCUGCUAACGCUCAUGAUGUCUGCUAUACAAUAAAUCGAAAAGCCAAUCGAUUUGGACACUACAAGAAAUGAUAGGGUGUUGAACCAUGCUGCUUGUGGAGAAGCAGACAUAAAAUGUGGAAGGCUGCAGUGUAGCAGUGUCACUCAUGUUCCCCGGUUGCAGGAACAUCUUUCAUUCCAUCAGCCAGA